AUGAUUGUCAUUCCAUUGCAAGCACUCGGUACAGCUAUAGCCAAUUCGUUAUUAUUUUUCCUUCAUGCUGCUGCUUUUGGAUAUGGAGGUUAUUUGAUCGAAAAAAGUGAGAUGCAAUUUCAAAAUGUAUUUCGCGUCUUCUCUGUAAUUAAGUUUGGUGCAGCAAGUGUCGGACGAUCAACAGCUAUGAUACCAGACUAUACUAAAGGAAAGAUUAGUGCUAUGCGAAUAUUGACAUUGAACAAUCGUCGAUCGCAAAUCGAUCCAAGCAAUACGAAUGGUACUAUAUUAAAUAAUAUUGUCGGUUAUAUCGAAUUUCAACAAGUCAAAUUUGCCUAUCCGUCACGGCCCGAAUUACGUAUACUCAAAAGUUUAAAUUUAUGUGCUUCAGCAAAUCAAACAACAGCACUUGUUGGACGGAGUGGUUCCGGGAAGAGUACAUGUGCGGCGUUGGUUCUUCGUCUGUACGAUCCGUAUCGUGGUGCAGUCCUUCUUGAUGGUCAUGAUGUUCGUUCGUUGAAUAUAUCGUGGUUACGAUCACAAUUCGGUCUUGUUCAACAAGAACCCGUUCUUUUCAAUUUAAGUAUACGUGAUAACAUUGCUUAUGGUGUCAAUACAAGGACAGUAACACAAGAAGAAAUUGAAGAAGCAGCACGAAAAGCUAAUGUUCAUGAUAUGAUCAUUUCAUUGCCUCAAGGUUAUGAUACAUUGUGUGGUUUCAAGGGUAAUCAAAUGAGUGGUGGUCAAAAGCAACGUAUUGCCAUUGCUCGUGCACUUAUACGUCAGCCAAAAUUACUUUUAUUCGAUGAAGCAACAUCGGCAUUAGAUGUUUGUAGUGAAAAACUUGUUCAAGAUGCUCUCAAUAGAACUAGAAAUGGUCGGACAUGUUUGACAAUAACUCAUCGUCUAUCAACUAUACGUGAUUCAGAACAAAUCGUUGUUAUUGAUCGUGGUCGUGUCAAAGAAAGUGGUACACACAAUGAUUUAAUGUGUCAUAAAGGUGCUUACUACAAAUUAAAUAUGAUUCAGGAACGAAAUGAUGGGUAA